UCCCACGCGCGUUUUUUUCUCUCUGCCCGCCACCACGAGAGAUCGCCGUCUCUAUGUCGGCGUCGAUCCUGUGGCCACUGGUCGUCCCUUGUCACACCAGUAUGUCAAAGAGGAACGCCACCCUCGGCUUCGUCUAUUCAGAGCAACAAAUCAAGCAGAUCCACCCCGUACGCUCGCCAUCGAGCUCAUCUUCACCGCAUACAUCGUAGAUUGCCUCCUCUCCGGCCCGUCCCCGUCAACCUUGAGCUUACCUCCGGCACCACGAAAAAUUAUUCAAGGAUUCAAACUGUGGUGAAUAAAGUUGGGGCAAUUUCAAAUGAAUUUAGAGUUCAAAAGUUUGAGAUUCUAGCAGGGAAAAGCGAUAUGGUGACUGAAGUUAAACAAUAUGGUGCUACAUUUAGACUUGACUAUAGUUUGCUCUACUGGAAUUCGAGACUUGAGCAUGAACACAUCAUAUUGGUUUCCCUUUUCAAGAAAGCAGAUGUUAUCUGUGACAUGUUUGCUGGUAUUGGCGCAUUUUCUAUCCCAACCGGACAGAAAGGAUGUGUUGUAUAUGCAAAUGAUUUAAAUGCAGACAGUAUUCAUUAUCUCAAGACAAAUGCAAAGAUUAACAAGGUGGAGGAUUAUAUCUUCACAUACAACAAGGAUGCUAGAGUAUUCAUGCAAAGUUUAAUGGCAGUACCUGACCCAGAAACUAAGCCCGAGUGUCAAUUUGGUGCUGCUAAUCGUUGUUCUGAAGAAAUGGGUUCUUCUGGUAAUGAACAUUCCACGUCAAAUGGAAAUCAUAAUGGUACCCGCUCCUGCAAUCCGGAUAGAACACUCAUGGCAUCAGUCUGACAGUCAGAACCAGAGGAAGUGCGAAAAUAACCACCGCGCGUGGCGAGGGAAGCGAGGGCUCCGGACGCGGCUACUCACCUUGAGGUCGGCGAAGGGGAUGGAGACCGUGUGGACGGACGGCGGCAUGGCGGCGACGGCACGACAGCGGACACGGCGGGGCAGGGUGCGGUCUCAGUCUCGGUCCCGGAUGGCUCGUGCCCAAGUGGAUCGCGCCCCCACGGGGCCGACCCUCCCGCGAGCGCAGCGAUGCCAUGCUCGAGACCAUCGAGCCUCCUUCCUCCGGCCAUCUCCGGUGCAGCCGCCACCUCUCGUCUAUGGAUAAGAAGACGCCGUAGGGAGGGGUGAAUUUGUAAAAGCCAAACGUUUUCCCCACUAAUUAGAGGACUGCGGGUUGAAGCAAAGCAAAACAAAGAGGCUACGUGAAUUGAUCAAUGGACUGUUAUCUUAUUUCACUCAUGGGGUAGAGA